GACUGACAUCCAAUUGACAGCUUUCCAGUGUGUAUGCCUUUUAUCACAAAGAAUCAACCGUUAAGUUUUAUCUUUCAAAUGAGUUUUGCUGUUUUUCGUUCGUUUCUUCAUCUGUUUGUCGAAUUUAUUUAGUUACUUCAAACUCUUAUGCAAUAUAUUCAUUGCUGAUGUACUAAAAGGUAUUAUGUUGACUCAGUAAUUGUACUGACGCAUAUAAAAAGCAGUCAGAAAUGGAUAACCCAUUCCAUAAAUGUAGAUUGUGUUUAAAACUUGGAGAUUUUUGUUCUAUUUACGAACAAGAUGACACAAUAAAGUUGUCUGAAAUGGUUAUGUCUUUCACUAAUAUUCAGAUUUAUGAAGGAGAUGGAUUCUCAGAUCGUGUAUGUAGUACAUGCAUAGAGAAUCUGAGCACUGCAUAUUUGUUCAAGUUACAAUGCGAACGGAUAGAUAAUCUGCUAAGGAAAGCUCCUGAAUCACACAUUAUCAAGAACUCGAAUAAUGAUUACAAUGAUUUAUUUAGUACAGAAUUCCAUAUGCAUGAAAUAUUUGGCUCUGUUGAGGGAGAAAAUGACCAAAACAGUGUUAAAGACAAAAAUACUGAGAUGCUACAACGAAAUAGUCUAGAAGUAAGUGAUGAGACUGAUAGUGAUGUUGAUUCAAUUAAAUGUGUUUAUUGCAAUGAGUCUUAUAGCAAUUUUGGAGGGCAUACUUGUCAUGUCAAGUGCACCAUUGAAAACAUUGGACUGCCACGCUCCAGCAGUAGUGAGACAUUGGUGGCCUCUGACUUAGACUGUGUCACUACACCUACUGAGGUUUAUGUAUCUUGCAUCCUAUGCGAUGAUAGAUACAACCAAUAUGAUGACUAUGUUAUACAUCUAAACAAGUGUACUACCAAUGUAAAGGUGCGCCAUUUUGUAUGCCCCAUAUGUCACGAGAUUUUUACAGACAAAUUGGCAUAUUUAGAGCAUUUGAAAGUCAAUCAUUUUAAAGUAGAGAAGCAAGCCGUAGAACCAGGUUUUACAGAUCCAGGAACAGAUUGUGUGGAUAGCGUUCCUAUAUAUGCUCAAACUAGGAAACCAAAGAUAGUCCGCCGCCAGAUAGGUUGGUCUAUUGAGGAUAUUUAUCAAGAAAUUGACUGUAAUAAAAUCGAAGAAAAGCAAACGCCUACAUCCAGUCCAAUUAAAUCUUUCUUUUCCAAAUUGGGGAAUGACACUUUCAGCAGACAAAGCACCCCAAAGAAAGUCAGCUUCCGUCAAUUUAUUGAAAAUAGCAAAGCGAAAACCUCAAAUUACCUGCCGUUUCGGAAGUAUUUACAGAGUUACAGACAAAAAAAGAAGUCUAGUUAUAGUCCUAUUGGAGGCAAAAUGCAAGUGACUAGUAAAAUAAGAGCUUCUUUACCAGAACCAAUAUCAGAUAGCGAUUAUGGAUCACCGAGUGGCACUUCUGAAGAGUCAUGGAAAAUGAAGCAGAAUUUGAUAUGUGCAUGUGAUAAAAAGGUGUUUAUGCUAUCGGAAUUUAUUAAUGAUCGUGACAGAAUCGUUUCAAUGAUUAAUGAAUUAGGUGGUGUUGUUGCUGAAAACACUAAAAUGGAAAUGUUGGCUACACACUACAUUGCAGUGUUGCCAAACGACACAUUCACGGGGAUGAUGGUGUGUGCUCUCGCCACGGGCAAAUGGCUAUUGCACGUUAGCUAUAUUUAUGACAGUUUCCGUUGUAAAAAGUUUAUGAGAGAAAAUAUUUAUGAGUGGAUGAAACAUCCAAAAAUAUUAGAAUUGGACAACACGAGUGUUGAAAUCGCUAAGGCAGCUGUUUUCUGGCAUUUGGAAUUACAAGCACUAAGUGCAAAAUUCCCCUUUGAAGGCAAACAGAUAGUGCUCAUAAUGAAGAAGAAGUAUAGGCAAUAUUACAAUAUGAUAUUUAGAACACUCAAAGCAAAACCAGUAACAUACGAUCCAAGGACUCCAGGCAGUUGUUGCACUGCAGAUUAUUGUUUUGUUGACAUGAAAGUUAUCGAACGGGUUAAAUUAAGAUUUUUUGCUCGUCACAAUGUUCCCGUGUUUCCUUAUCAAUACAUACUAGUAUAUCUUUUGAAAAAGGGACGCGUAGAUGACGAACACAAAUACUUGUUGCAAGAUUGCAAGAGAUUUAUGUCUCGAGACACAUUCGACUUUUUAAAUAAUACAUAUUAAUGUAUUUUUUCAUUCACUGUUCUUUUAGAGACAUAGUCUUGCCACAAUAUAUAUCUUAUCUUGUUUCCAGUUUAAAAUCAUAGAUAUUAUAAGAUUUUAUUUGCGUAUGUUUUAUGUGUAAAUUGUAAAUACAAUAAAUAUAUGAAAAUCAGUACAUACAGCUAAAACACAAUUUGAUAUUUACUGCACAUUAGAGAGAUUUAUAUCAAUUAAAAAUUUAAUUUUUCAACAUUCCGCCUAUGUACUCAGUCAAUGCUCAUAAUUAGUAUAAAGCACUCAUGCUACAAUGAGGCCAAUUCUGGGGUGUCAUUUCUCUUAAUUUAUCUCUUAACAUAAUAUUUUAUUUUAAUAGUUUCACAAAAUUACUAUUCAUAAAUUAAAAUUAUAAUAAUUUUUAUUCAAAUCUAUAAGAAAAUUAAUUCUUAUUGAUCCUUACAGUAAAAACUUCAAACCAAAUUUAUUAUUAUUAAAUUGAAACUUUAGUUUCAGAGAUAGAUUUAGAGAAAUAAUUGCUUAUAAUUGACUCCAUUGUUUGAUAAACAGUGCAAAACUCGUUUAUAAUUAUAGGGAAACAAAUUGUUUCUUGUCAAAAUUCAGUUCUGGAUAUUUUGAUCCCAGUGGAAUGGUUAUCUCCUAAGUCUAAUGUUUAAUAUUAAAAGCAUAUAGCUAUGCAUUGUACUGACAUUGUGACAAGACUUAUAGGUAGUAAUAAAAUACAUAUAUACUUUACAUUAUUAAAAGUAAGCAAAUGACAUAUUAUAUUGUUAUAUUAUUUUUCGUUGUAGAAGGUGCUGGGGAAAUUUUAAAUUUUAU